AUGUCCCUACAAAACAAAUUUACUCUGUACAACAAACAGACUCAUACCAACAUAUUUGGACACAGCCAUAGAUACACUCUAUAUAACCUAGCCACUUCUGGUAGUAGCCGUAACGGGCUUGGCCCAGAAACUUACGAUAGUCCCAACACAAUAAGGAAAAUAUUUUACGUACUGAACAGAGAUCAAACACAAACACAAAUUUCGAGUGCAUGUGAAUUGCAGAACUCACAACCUGUAACUUCACAACCCGACACAAAACAUUCUGCACAGCAAUUAGGCGAUGUAGCAGGAAAUGGAGCUUUUGCUGCCUUGGUCACUUUUCUAGGAGACAGACUCGCACAGAUCACACAAAAGAUAGAUGAAUUGAGCGAGAAAACUAGGUAUGACUCAACACAGAAAAUGGAUGAAACGAAUAGGGUCUUAACACGGUUAAAUCAGAAGGGAGAUGUAAGCUUAGUAAAGGAAAGUGUAGAUGACACUACAAUGGCACAAAAGGUAGUGUAUGAAUACGGCACUUGCCUUACAGGUUUUGAAAUACAUCUAGCUGAAAAGGAGACAGAAAUAGUUGACAGAGUAACAAAACAGGUUGACAGAGUAACAAAACAGGUUAAGACUGCCCCAGAGCAAACCAAACAAACAUCUGUAGAGACAAACACACAAACAGAAACACCUAGACCCGUCACUACUGACACUGCUAUAAGCAAACCACCAAGCAUUGAAUUUGGUAAUGAAAAGAGUAUUCUGAUUCACGAGGAUGGUGAAAGGCAGAACAGUAAUAACAGUAACCACAAUGGCAAUAACCGUAACGGUAAUUACAAUCACAAUAAUAAUAAUACACCCGGUGGGCAAACACAACAGCUUGACUACUCGCAGGGGCAGAAUGGUCAAGUAAUAUGGAAACAAACCGUGGAACCGCAGGGAAAACAGAUACAAUCCCGGAACAAUAACAGAAACAACAACACUUUCAGAAGAAACAGGCGAGCCACAUAUCCAGCAACUGGGAAUGAGUGGCAAGUGCAAACACCAAGUGUAAAUAUUAUUGAAUUGAAUGACAACAACACAGGCAGUACACCCGUACUAGCUAACGGCAGUGUUGCGAACACCACGGAAAACAGCACACGACACUGCUCACCCCCGCAGCAGUAG